AUGUAUAUCAAACAAGUAAUUAUUCAAGGGUUUCGAUCGUAUCGUGAUGAAACAAUCUUCGAACCGUUCAGUCCUCGCUAUAAUAUCAUUGUGGGUCGAAAUGGAUGUGGAAAAUCAAAUUUUUUCUUUGCCAUUCAGUUUGUAUUAAGUGAUGAAUUUAAUAAUUUAAGUGCUGAAGGCCGUUAUAGUUUAAUGCAUGAAGGUGUUAAUUCUCGAGCUUUAAAUGCUUAUGUUGAAAUUAUAUUUGAUAAUACCGACAGUCGAAUUAUGAUUGAUAAACAAGAAAUAGCUGUUCGUCGACAAAUUAGUGGAAAAAAAGAUAAUUAUUUUCUUGAUCGAAAAGUUGUCAAUAAAACCGAUAUUGUUAACAUGUUAGAAGGCGCUGGAUUUUCACGUAGCAAUCCAUAUUACAUUGUUAAACAAGGAAAAAUAACUCAAAUGGCAAUAGCACCUGAUGCGCAACGUUUACAGUUGCUACGUGAAGUGGCUGGAACAAAAGUUUAUGAUGAGAAAAAACAAGAAAGUGAAGGAAUAUUAACUGAAACUGAAGAACGUCGAAAAAAAAUUGCUGAUUUAUUAAAAGCAAUUGAAGAACGUUUACUUAGUUUAGAAACAGAAAAAGAGGAACUAAAACAAUAUCAAAAAUGGGAUCGUAGUAAACGUGGUUUAGAAUGUGCCAUAUGCAUGGCAGAAUGUGAAGAAUCCAAAAAACGAAUUGACGAUAUUGUAACAAAAAUGAAUUCAUCAACUCAAACAGUUAAAAAACUCGAAAAUGACAGAAUUGAAACAACAGAAAAAAUUCAGCAAUUAGGUGAUUCAAUAACAGAUUUGAAACAACGUAUUCAAGUUCAACAAAUGGAACGUGAAACAUUAAUUGGGGAUAAUAAAGAUCAAUUUCAACGUAAAGCUAAAAUUGAAUUAGAAUUACACGAUUUGAGAGAUGAAACAAUAAAUUUUGAUACGAAAAAAGAAUCAUUGAAAAAAGAAUUAAUAAAAUUUGAUCAAUUAAUUGAUGAUAGUGAACAAAAAUUAAAAAAAAUUGUACCACAAUAUGAAGAUUUACGGAAAGAAGAAGAACAAAAAACGGCAAGACGAGAUUUAGCGGAAGAGAAACGGAAAGAAUUAUUUGCAAAACGUGGUCGUGGUAAUCAAUUUGCCAAUAAAGAAGAACGUGAUAAAUGGAUUAAAAGUGAAUUAAAAUCAUUGAAAAAAGCUAUGGAAGAUAAACGUGAUCAGAUUGAACGAUUAAUACAAGAUCUGGCUGAUGAAACUCAUAAAUCGGCUGAAAUAAAUGAUCAAUUAAAAAAUAUCGCCGAAUCCGGUAGUGAACAACGGCAACAUAUCGAUGAAGUACAUACAAAAGUGCGAGAUUUACGACAAAAGAAGAGUGAUAUACAAGCACAAAAAAUUGAAUUAUCACGUAAAGAAGCAACAUUACAUCAACAAAUAACUCAAGCACGAGAUGAACUGCACAAAUGUGAAGUUACAUUACGUUCGUCAACAGGAAAAGGUCCAUUGCAAGGUGGUGAUUCGUUACGACAAUUAUUACGUAUAUUUGCCGAACAAAAUCGAAAUCACGAUAUUUUGAACGGAUACCAUGGAACGUUAAUCGAAAAUUUUGAUUGUGAUCGAACAUUUUAUACGGCCGUUGAAGUUAUUGCUGGUUCAAGAUUAUCUUAUCAUAUUGUUGAUAGUGAUCUGAUAGCAACGAAACUUGUACGUGAAUUUAAUCGAGAAAAAAUGCGUGGUGAAAUAAAUUUUUUACCACUAAAUGUUUUACAUGUACCAAAAAGUGGUUUACCAACUAUACAAGGUGCAUCACCAUUGAUUAAUCACUUAAAAUGGGAUUCUAAAGUUGACAAAGCUGUUCAAUAUGUUUUCAAUCGUAUUAUGUUAUGUGAAGAUUUUAAUACAGCAACAAGAACAGCUAGACAACAUGAUAUUGAUUGUGUUACACUUGAUGGUGAUCAAGUCGCUCGUAAAGGUGCUCUAACUGGUGGUUAUAUUGAUCGUAAAAUAUCGCGUCUAGAAUUACAACGUACAAUAAAACAAUUACGAACAACAUUAAACAACUUAGAAUUGAAAAAUGAUGCAUUGAAACAAGAAAUAAAUGAUUUAGAUGCUGAACAUAAUUCGGUUAUGAAUGAACUACAACGACACGAUAUGAAAGCAAAAAAGAAUUGGGAUAACUAUGAACAAAUGAAAUCCGAUAGUAAACACCUUCAAACAGAACUUGAUCGAAUGAUCGCACAAAGACCUGGAAAAGAACGUCAAUUAAAUGCAUUACAAGCAACAAUGGAACAAUUUUUAGCUAAAAAUGAAUCAUUGGAUGCUGAACUUGGUAGUGAUUUAAUAUCUCAAUUGACCGUUGAAGAACAAGCUUCUGUUGAUACAUUGAACGAUACGAUACAACAAAUCAAUCAAGAAUUAAAAAAGAUAAUUAAAAAACGGGUUGAAUUCGAGGGCAAUAAAACAAAACUAGAACAUCAAAUCAAUAAUAAUUAUCGAAAAAAACGCGAACAAAUCAAUAUGGAUUUGGAACGAAUGCAAGCAGAAAACGCUCGUGUGUUGAUUGAUGAACUUCAACGUGAAUUAGAUAUACUCAAUGAUAAAUUAAGUGAACAUGAAAAACAAAUCGAUGCAAUUGAUAAGGUAGUAACAACCAUUGAUAAAGAAUUGAAAGCAAAACAAAAAGAACUUGAACACCUUCGCUCAUCAGAUAAAGAUUUUGAUGAAAAAAUUAACGAAGAAAAACGAAAUGCUGAUAAAUAUGAAGUCAGAUUGCGUCAAGCACAAAUGAAACUUGACGAUGCUACAAAACGAUCAAAUGAUAUUGGCGUACCGCCAGAUGGUUUAGAUAAAUACAAAGGACAAAAUGUCAAAAAUUUACAACGAGAUUUAGAUCGUGCAAUAACUGAAUUAAAAAAAUAUGCUCAUGUUAACAAAAAAGCUUUGGAUCAAUUUUUACAAUUUUCUGAUGAAAGAGAUAAAUUGGCUAUAAGAAAAGAUGAAAUUGAUGAAGCACAUAGACACAUUGUCGAUCUAAUUGAAAGUCUCGAUAAUAAACGAUUGGAAACAAUUCAAUUUACAUUCAAACAGGUUUCAUUGUAUUUCACAGAGGUAUUCAAACGGCUUGUUCCAGAAGGAAGUGCUCAUUUGGUUAUCAAAAAAGGUGAUAAUGAAGAUUUUGAUAGUGACCAAGUAAAUUCCCAGAGUCAAUCUGGUUCAAUGUCUGUCGAUGAUUUUACCGGUGUUGGAAUUAAAGUUUCAUUUAAUGGUAAAGCAAAUGAAAUGCGUGAUAUGCAACAAUUAUCUGGUGGUCAAAAAUCUUUGGUUGCUUUGACACUCAUAUUUAGUAUACAAAAAUGUGACCCAGCACCGUUUUAUUUAUUUGAUGAAAUUGAUCAAGCAUUAGAUCCACAAUAUCGAAAUGCUGUUGCUGAACUGAUUAAUGAAUUGAGUCAAAAGGCACAAUUUAUAAUAACCACAUUUGGCCCUGAUUUAUUGAAAUAUGGUGAUAAAUUUUAUGGUAUCACAUACCGAAACAAAGUUAGUCAUAUUCGAUCGGUAUCACGAGAUGAAGCUUUAGAAUUCGUGGAGGAUCCUGAUCAAAAUACACAACAAGCAUAA